GAAGGACCGAUCCUGUGUCGUGUUUUCUGUCAGUGUUCUACCGAGCUGUCCUCCGCCGGUCCCGCGCGUCUCCGCGUCACCGAGCGCGCGCAGAAUGACGCGCGUCUUCAUCAGGUGGAGCAAAGCGGAUCAGCAGCGCCACACACACACACACACGCACACGCACACGCACAACGAGCGACCGCACCGAGAAGCGGGACCGACACCGAGCGCUGCUCUUAUGGUUUCUAGGAAAACCGGGAAACAAUUCCAGGACCUGCGAGAAGACGCGUGAUGCUGUGUUUGCUGCUCGUGGCUCUGCACUGGACGACAGUGAGCGCAGCGCUGCAACCGUCCACACGCGCAGCCAUCGCCGCCGCCGUCACACGACAUGAAGAUGGCAGGAGGCCGUACAUCUACCGAUGCCGCUCGCCCAACAUGGAGGUGUUCAGCUGCUGGUGGCACCCGGUGGAGAAGCAGAAUAACGUGAGCUACACGCUACUGUACAGCACCGGCAGUGAGCAAGCUCCACAAGAGUGUCCGGAUUACGUGAGCGCAGGCCCCAACAGCUGCUUCUUUGACGCCAAACACACUCAGGUCUGGAAGGUGUACUGCAUGAACGUGACGGCACACACUCGCGCCGGGCCCAUCAUCUCACAGAGACACUGCCUGGACGUGGCUGAUAUAGUGGAGCCCGACCCACCCUUCAACCUGACCUACACCCUGCUGAAUGACUCCACCUGCGGGUCGUCCUGCUCCGUCCUGCUGUCCUGGAUGUACCCCAUCGCUGCAGAGGUGAACCAGGGCUGGAUCACGCUGGUGUACGAGCUGCGGUACCGAAACCUGCUGCAGCCAAACACCUGGAAGGUGAAGGAGCGUCUGCGGGAGCGGCAGGUGGAGCUGUUUGAUCUGCCGGUGGGUUCAUAUGAGUGUGUGGUGCGCUGCCGAUCCACCAACAGCAAACACUGGAGCGAGUGGAGCCAACCCAUCAACUUUACUGUCAGCGGCAGACCUGUGUCUGAUCGGAUGUUGGUCUUCAUCUUCAUGGCCACUGUGGCCGUCAUGACCUUCCUCAUCAUCGCCUGCGGCAUCGUCCCUCAGGGGCAAGAGGUCAGACAUCACCUCAGGAUUAAAGCGUUUUUCCUGCCACCGAUUCCCAAACCGCGCAUUCUAGGACUUGAGCCCACACUGCUGAAGAAGGGGAAGAUGGAGGAGAUCGAUCAUCAUUUCUCCAGUUUCCACGGAUACACGCCGCCGCAGUACAGCAUGGAGACGUGGUACGCGGUGAGUGUGGACGCGUGUCCGCUGGCGCCUUCCAAUGGCAUCCAGAAUAAACCAGAGGAGGCGCUGUUCUCCCAGUACAUCACCAGUGUGGACGCUCUGCCGCCUGUCCCGUACUGCUGCACUGGCCCCACCCCCUACUGUGAGGGACCGCCUUCUGCAGACCCUGACUCCGCCCAGCCAGAGCUCAUGUCCUUCACCGGUAUGGAUUACAGUGUGAUUGUAAACUCCACCCCCAAGCAGCCUCUGUCACAUGACUUCUACACGUGUGUGAACGGCGUGACGUCCAGCGGCGCGCUCAACCUGGUGCCCUGCCGGCCUGACACGCAGCUCAGCAAGGGCUAUGUGCAGUUCAGGGAAAGCCUGGAGGAGGAAGCUGAGAAAAACAGCCAGCUGGUGGCGCUGUUGGAGAAGCAGAGGGAGGCGGGGCCUGAUGGAGAGGCCAGCAGAGCGGCCACGCCCCUGCUCCCGCCCACAGACUGAGUGCUAAUCAGGAGCUACCAUAUGCACAUGCGACAUGCAAUCUGUCUCACACACACACACACACACACACACACGUAACACAUAAAAA